AUGGUCAGCCUACGACUUACCAGCCUGGAACGUCGAGGGAACAAGGCUUUAGCCAGGCUAUGGGCACUCGAACAUUCUCAGCCUAUCAGUCCCCGGAAGGAUUCCAGCAGACCGUGGUCCCUCGAGCACCUUCUUUGCAAACCCCGCCUGCUCAACAACAGCCAUAUUACGGAGGUUAUACAACUAACGACGCAGCUCCCAGCGUACCGGAGACCUCUGGACAAGACGACUCUACCAGUACCGGGUCCAGCGAGUCAAGUGAGGAUGAAUACGCCGACGAUCGGGUUUCUCCGUAUUGGGGAAGCCGAAGGCAGUUUCGUGACGCCGUUGCGAGUGUCGCUGCCCGUGGAAACGCAGAACCUGCCCAAAGACAAAGAUCGCAUCAUGGGUCUGCAUCAGGAGGUGGAGUGUAUGAACCACCUGCAAACCCGAGUCAGGAAAGGGGAAGGCCAUCAUCCUCUAGUAACAGAAGAUCCACUUCAAAUACCUCUAAUGCCGUCGCGGGAAGUGGUCGCCUACCGCGAACGGAAGGGCCAAUACUACCAAGUCCCGCAGUUAGCCUGCCUCGACAUAUGGCUGCCCCAAUACAAUAUCAACAAUUUAGGCCAUCCAGCCCGCUGCCUCCACCGAGCCAACAACUUGCGCCGGGAUAUCAAUUUCCUCCGCGUGAUUCUUCGAGUCGAUCCGAUCCAGCACACAGUCAAUCAGGCGGAUCAGAGAAUCGAUAUCCAACUGCAAGAGCAACACCGAGUAUCGGGGCAAUGA